AUGAACGAUAUCCCAACCAAUUCGAUGGAUUCUGUUGAUCCAAAGUCACGUUACGAUGGAAGAUCGCUUAUAUCGAAGCCAAUCCGACACUCGUCCUGCACGGUACCGAACGAGCUGCUUGAAUUCGACUAUUCCUAUGGAUACGACUGCAAGCGUUACUUCAAUCUGUGCAAAAUCGAUGAAAACGUGCUAGUGUUUGCCUCCGGUAACUUGAUUCACUUCUUUCACGUUGCAUCGCGCACGGUGACGACGCGCCGUAGUUCAACGGGUGGUGGUAUCGGUUGUGUUACGGUGAAUCCGAGCGAGGAAUUUUGUCAUCUGACGGUCGGUGAGAAUGGGUCGGAUCCACCGAUUAUCAUCUAUCAGUAUCCGGAGAUGGAGGUGGUCAGCAUCUUGGUCGGUGGUACAACGGCCGGAUACUCGCACAUCGAUUACACGGCCGAUGGCCGCUUGCUGAUCUCGCAGGGCAUCGAACCGGAUUUCAUGCUGACGGUGUGGAACUGGGCGGAAGGAGAAAUCGUGCUGCGCUGCAAAUCCUUCUCCAACGAUGUCAUCAACGUUCUGUUUUCACCAAGCGUCCCCGGACACAUUACAACUUGCGGGCUAGGUCAUAUCAAGUUUUGGAGAAUGUCAAACACCUUUACCGGGCUGAAACUGCAGGGUGAGCUCGGUCGCUUUGGAAAAACGGAAAUCUCGGAUAUCGUCGGCAUUCUGCCGCUGCCGGAUGAGAAGGUGCUUUCCGGUUGCCAAUGGGGUAACAUUCUGGUGUGGGAUGGAGGACUUAUUAAGCUCGAGGUGUGCCGGAAAGGACGCAAACCCUGCCACGAAGGGCCAAUAACGCAGCUAAACAUGCGUGGCGGUGAGGUGAUGACUGCCGGGCUUGACGGGAAGAUUAAAAUUUGGUUCUGGGAAACGGUCGAGCUGGCCGAUCCACCCGAUGAGGAUCGAUUUGUGGAGAUUGAACCAAUCAUGGAGUUCCGGAUCGGUGGUGAUGCGCACCAUCAUAGCGAACUGAUGUGUCUGGUUAGUAAGCAAACGCAGGAUGACUUUCAAUGGUACGCCCAGGAUGGUGCGGGCGGGAUAUGGUUGUGCGAUCUGACACCCGCGCAUCAUACGGAACCACCACAGCAGUUGUUUCAAUGCCACGCCGGAGCUAUUGCGGCCGUCCAAGCCAGCCCCGUUUCUCAUCACGUCGCUACGCUUGGUGUGGAUGGGAAACUGUGCGUUUACGAUUACUCCAAGCGCGAGCUACUGUUAACGCAUCAGUUUCAAUGUCCGGGACGAACGAUGCUGUGGAUUCCUCCAACGCUCGAUCCUACCGGGGCCAUCCUGGUGCUGGGGUUCAGCGAUGGAUUUCUACGCACCGUAGCCGUUAAUCUGCACGAUGGUCAUCUAGCUUACCCGGAGAAUCGAGUCAAUCUGAUCCAGCUGCUAAAGCCACACAGCCAGCCCGUGACGACAAUGUCACUCAAUGGACGCGAAACCAUCCUGGUGUCUGGUUCGGAAGAUAAAACAAUUUUUGUGCACCGCUGCGUCCGCAGUGAUCCCCACGUGGUACUGGAGCCGAUCGGUCUCGUGUACACGCCAUCAGCAGUGACAUCGAUUAGCUGGAAGCCAGAAACCCUAUCGACAGCUCUCGUGGGAUGCCGCCAUGGUCAGUUGCUAGAGGUGGAGCUUCCGGAGGAUCUGGUGGAGUACACAACGAUCUCAUACCACCUGCGCCAUGUCGAGAUCAAGCAGCUAGCAUUCCAAUCGGUCAAAUCGGAAAUUAAACGGAAUCUCCUGGUGGCAGAAAUCGAAAAGCGGAAGCAGGAAAAGCGCGCCCGAAAGCAGCAGACGCUCGAUCGAAUGAAGCAAGAUAAUCCAAAGGCCGAAAUCAAUGAGGAAGCUUUUUUGGCUGAUUCGGAUGACGAGCAAGAGCUGGAACCACUGUACAUCCCUAAAGUGCCCAACGCGAUCCUGUGGGCUCGUUACACCGACGAGGGCAGCCUCUGGUUAUCGAUGGGAGGGUUCGAUGCCGGGUUCGUGUACGAGUAUGGGUGGUUCGAUGAUGAGGAUCCUAUCUCUUGCACCCCGAUACAGGAUGCCGAAGACACGGAGCUGACCUGUUAUCUGCAAGACACGAAUUACAUCAUCUUUGGAACGAGCGACGGUGCCGUGAGGGUGAAUCGAAGGAAAGCCGACUUUCGGGACCUGGAUGAUCAUUGGACGCUUCCGAUGCACGAUAAUCGCACCGGGAGUGUCACGGGGCUUGCGUUUAGCUACGACUUUACCCAUCUCUUCAGCAUCGGUGCCGAUGGUAACUUGUUCGCCUACCGGUGGUACGGUGCAGGCGAUGCCUUCAAAGCCGUACCACCGAAACCACUCGAGAAGUGCGUCAAACGGGUGUUCGACAUCGACGAGAGUAGCUUUCCUUCGCUGGAGGAACAGAAGGCACGCCGAGAGGCAGAUCGGUUGGCGAAAAUUGUGACCGAUCGACGUAGUGCCGUACAACGCACAGUGGCCGAAUAUAGAAAGCGGUUCGAGGAACUGUUGGAACGCAAUAGCCGGCUUCCUGCGGCGUACCGCAUCCCGGUGACGGAUUUUGUGCUAGAUGAACGCAUCACGGAUGAUCUAAAGGAGCGGCUCGCGGCCGAAAUGAGCCUUGUGCAUCGCCGGAUGGCUUUCGACGUGGAGAAGGUACGCAUUACGGCGGAAAAGCUUCAUCGAUUCUUCCUAGCACCACUCGAGAGCUUUCCCAUAGAGGUUUUGGCUGUUAGGAGUGGACAGAGUGUCAAGAGUUUUCGCAUUGAGAGGCUCGAUGAGGAAUAUUUUUCUACUCUUGCACAGGUGGAAAAGCUUGUCGAGGAAGAGGAACUGCGCAAACGCCGCUUCAUUGAGUUAUGUAAAGAUCCGGAGGACAGCGUCCCCGAAACAUCUCCUACUAAGCGCAAGGAUCGGCGAAAGGAUUCACAAAUUCAACGAAAAGAAUCUUUUCUCGAGGGCUUAUCGCAAUCAACGAUCGAUUUCAAGCUCGAAAGCAAAAUGAGACGACUGCUAGCGAAGUACCGCGAUCGAAAAAACCAGGAGACCGUUCGACAGCAAGAGUGGGAAGAGCAUAAGGGUUCGAAACCGGAUCCGAACAUAAACGAUCCCGCCGAUGAUCUGGCCAUCAAAGAGGCGGCCUGCUCCAUCGGAGAUUACAAUCUGAAGAGUGAUCCCGAGUAUGAACCGACAGAGGAGCAGGUUGAAAGCGCCACUGGCAAGUAUUGGGAGCUACUGCGAGUUCGCCAGCAAAUGUUCGACAUCCAGAGAGACUACAACCUCAAAGUGUUUGCACUGCGAGAACAGAAGCUCGCGCUUAUGCACUACGUAACAAAGCAGAAGAAUAAGCUGCGUGGGAUUCACGAGGAACUACCGAAUGAAAAACAGCGUCAACUUCCAGUGGAGGUAACGGUUAACGAAAACGUAGAGUACGCAGACGAUCAGUACAAGUUCGAAGAGGAUCGAAAACGUUUCGAUCAAUCGAUCCACGAAAUUGAAGGGCAAAAACAUGCUAAACCGGACAUGGAUCAUUACGAUUCGAUUAUAAAAGAUGCGUUGGCAGCUGCUGGUAUCACAAAUGCUCCCAAAAUGGUUCUCAAUAAGCACGAACAGGAGCUACGGGACAUGCGACUCAUCAAGAAGCUGUUUAAACAGGACAAGAUCAUCGAUAAAGUGACUCGGCGCAUUGAUCAGUUCGAUGACGAGCUAAAAACCCUUUCCCAAGAGCGGCUUCAAGUCGAGACGGAUGCAAAGCUGCUGGAAAACUUCCAGCUAACGCUCUACCAGGAACUGUGGAUCUUGAAGGAUUUCAGCAAGAUUGAAUCAGAGAUCGUGCAAUCCGUGGAACAGAUCACUCUCGAGCGCAAUGAUUUGCUGAAAUCGGUGCACGAUGCGCGGGCGGCAAUCGAGCAGGUAGAGCAGGAAAUCGAGACGAUCCAAAAGGAGCAGCGGUCGAAUUUGCAGCGUUUCAACUCCAGCUGUCUGGACAACGAGUUUUCCAAGGUGAUGAAGCGGAUUUACAAGAAAAAGUUUAAACCGUGCAAAAUCAACGACAACGACUCGGACUCGUCCUCCGAGUACUCUUCCGAGGACAUUGACGCCCUGGAGGGUACCAACGAUGGCGAGGUGAGCAAAGUGUUUCUGGAUCUUAAUCAAUGCCCGGCAGGAUGCGACCAGGAACUGUACACGCUGGCGAUACAACUGCGCAACGAGAAGCUAGAGCUGCAGCGUCGCUACUACGCCGAGGAUAGAGCGCUCAAAGAGAUGCACAAAAAUCUGGAAAACCUGAAACCGAAACUGGCCGAUACCGAUUUGCGCUUGGAACGGAAGAAGCGCGAGCUGCUAGAGCUGCGGCGUGAGAAACAGCGCCGAUUGAACGAUAUCGAUACACUUGUGAUUGUCAAGAUGGACCAGAUGCAGUACUUUCGGAUCGAGACGGAGUUUCAUGACGUGGAAAACAGUCUGAUGUUCAAUCGAGAGGCUCUGCUGAAGCUGUACUCGCGUGUUGAUCAGCUGGCGGCCGAAACGCUCGAAACAAAGCGAAAGCAUCGCGUGAAUGUGGUACAUUUGGCGCGCAUGAAAACGGACAUCAAGUACAUGCGGCAGCAGCUGAUCACGCUCAAGGAGGUGAUCAAUGAGACGAUGAUGAAGAAAUUUGGCCGCGUAAUCGAUCUGGACGAGCUGGAGGAAACGAUCCUGCGCCAGUACACGUUCGAAAUGCGCGCCAAUCUAGACGACGUGAAGAGGACCUAUGCCGAACGGACCAAGGAACUCAAGAAACUGUACGCCAAAAAGCAGGAAGAAUUGAAGAAGGUCAUCCAGGAGGGCACCGAGAAGCUGCACAUCCUGACGGUGCUUCAGGAGGAGUACAACAAUCUGGAAAAGUCAUUGGCACACCAGAAAAUUCUGCUGGAGAAGCGCAACACCGCACCGCCACCAACCUACUCCGACGAUCUAACGAAGCUGCGUGAGAUCGCCAAGAUCCAGAAAGAGCAGAUCAACACACUACAGCGUGAGAUCCGGACGCUGAGCAUGAAGUGUAAGCCACUGUCGGCGGAAAGUCCGGAUGUGGAAAUCACCAUCCCUCCUCCGGUGACCGGUGGCAAACCAGUGCCAAUGGCUGAUGAAUCGGUGUACAACGCGGUUAUGGAUUCGGCGCCGCCAAGUACCCGCGCCAGUUCACCGGAUAACUUCCUUUACAAUGAAAUUUCCGGCCUGAUCGAUGACUUUCUCAUGGAGCAGCUGGGUUCGCACGUGCUGCAGUCGGACAUUAAGCGUGUCGUGAACCAUCUGGCGCACUACCUGUCCAACAUCAUUCACAACUUUGCACCAGAACAUGCGAGCGAUCUGCUGCCGCACAUCAUCGAGAACUUUAAGUCGUUCAUUCCCGAAGAGCUGCUCAUCACGAUCCCCCCACAGGCGAUCGCGGAGCUGAUCGAGAGCAUUUUCCGCACGUUUAAGGAGGGCUACGAUAUCGAUACGAAGGAGAUACUGGGGGAGAUCGUGAGCAACAGCUUGGAGAUGAUCUUCCCGGCUUCGCAGAACUACUCGCAUAACAUCCUGAUGGAUAUCAUGAAGCAGGUCCUGUCCACGCUACACUUGACCGACGUUAGCCAUCCCGAUACGAUCGCAUUCGUGGCGAACGGUAUUCGUCACAAGCCCGGCAUCGAUGCGGACGGCGUCAACGUGGAGCAGGUCUGCGAGGAGCUCUUGGUCUACGCUCAGGAGAAUACGGUCGAAGACAUCACGCUAGAGACGAUCCGGGGUGUAAUCGAAGGUAUUCUGCAGUGCGUUCGAGAGCAGUAACGCGUGCUGCA